CACUUCAACAUUUGAAUAGUUAUUCAAUCAACAUGACUACAAUAUCCUCUUUGCUACAACGGAGAAUGUCCAACAAUCUUUCCAUCUACACCAACAGCGGAUUGGACAAGUCAGAUUCCUAUUCGACUUCUGUUCGCUCAUCUAAUACAACUCUUUCGAGUUCCAAAGUAUCACAAAACUCACUCGAGCAUCUGGACUCUUGUCAGGCCUCUUUUGCUGUUGCAUUUCCUAUUAAAACAAACCUGUCUGACAAGACUCAUUCUAAUCACUCUGCUCACUUUUCUCCAAAUACCAUUGAGCAAGUCUGUCGUUUUGACACUUCCCAGCCUCCAUCUGCCAUUCGAUUGCUUCCUACACUUCUCAUUCGAGACAACAACGAUCUUGACUGUGGUUCUGUGUCUGCUUCCAACGCUUUUGUCAAUCCUAUGGCUACUUGCUGGCAAAUUUCUUCUAAUCUUUCUCGCCACCCUUGUUUCAAUGGGAAACCUUUAAUGCUCGAAUCUGCCUUGGUUGACUUGGCAGAUCUUGCAAGACUGGCCUUGCCAUACUCUCCCAUGCUGGGAAAUGGCUCCACUUGUAUUCCCUCUCGCACUCCCUCCUUGCCUACCAUCAAAGGCUCUGUUCUUGUACGAAAUAUUGCAUUUACAAAAGAUGUUUUUAUUCGAAUGACCACCAAUGGUUGGGCUACCUCAAGGGACAUUCCCUGUCGCUUUGAGAGUGUCGUGUCACCAACUAUGGGCGACUUUGUGGGUGUGGAUCGAUUUGGGUUUAAUGCCGAACUCGACUCUGCACUAAUUGCAGCUUUGACUGUGUCCCUCCCUGAACACUUUGCUUGUUCAGAUGUGGACAAUUUCAAUACGGAUGGCAAAGUCAACCCGAAGCUCAACCCCGAUAUUGCGCACAGGAAUCUAUCCGUCAAACCAGUCUCGAAGCCAAAAACUAAUUCUUUAGAUUCUAGCACGCCGAGUGAGUUGAAAACCCUUCAAUUUCGUAUCGAACUUGCUCUGUGCUUCAAAGCAGACAACAAAGAGCAUUGGGACAACAACAAUGGGAAAAACUUUGUCUUGACAUUAACGUCGCCAGAUGCAGAUGUAAUUUACAAGCAACAACAGGAACAGUUGAGUCUACAUCGAUUAUUCAGGCUGCAACAGCAACGAAGCACCGAUGUGAUGAACCUUAAAAAGACUCAAAAGCAGUCGCUCUUGAAACCUCAAAAGCUCACUCUGCAAUCGCAAAAAUCCUUACUAUCCCCUUCAAUCUUGAGGCAGCAGAUUCAAGAUCAACCCACCAAAGAAUCCGAUACACCAUGCUCUGUAGUACUAACAUUGGAACCAUUUAAAUCCAGUCCAUUAGACACGACAUCUUCCCAACAGUCACCACUGUCUGCUCAAUCUACAUCACCCAUUGCUAUCCAUUCACCCGUGUGUCCUCGUCUAGUCCAUUCUGCGUCACCUCUAUCAGCGCAAUCUCCCGGCACCCACUCCAUCUCUCCUAAUCAAUCACAAUCGUCUCGCUCUCUAUCCCACGGACACACUUUCCUACGCUCUACCCUAUUUCAGCCUCAUCGUCGCGUUGGUCCUCAAUUGCCACAAGGCAUACCUCCCAUUGUCAAGAUUCCCCUUUUUGUUCCUCCAGAGCACGACAGCAUGGUCCCUGUAACUAUAUCUCUCACCACUGGCAUAAUCUCGUCUGCAUGUAGAAUCUCAUCCCCAACUCCUUCCUUUGAGUCCAUCUAUUCCUCUUCACCUCCAUCUCGCUAUGUAUGAUCUCGUAUGCAUUUACUUGACCCUUGUCUGCAUCUUCCUGAUGUAUCGUGCCAACGAUACACGGCACUGUGGGUUUAUUUUAAUUAUUGUCCACUCAUUUUUUUAUUUACCAGACUUCAUUACCACUUUCUUUGACUCGAUACCAUACACCAGCCCAUCUAUCGGCACUAUUUUCAUUCAGUUAUUCUAUUACUAAAAUGUCAUUUUUGGAUU